AUGUUGUUUUCUCAACUUUGUGUCUUUUUGUACUCCGUUCUUAUUGUUAGGCUUUGUAGAUUGUUCUGCCUGUUGUUCUGUGUGCUUGAAUCUCUUGGAUUCCUUUCGAAAAAAAUGGCUGAUGAAGAAGCUGAAGGAGUUGGAUUGCCUCAAAAAGGAUUAAAUAUGAUUAUUAAAGAUGCUCUUCCCGAUAUGCGCAUUGCUAAUGAAACACGCGAAGUGUUAAAUCAGUGUUGUGUUGAAUUUAUAAAGCAUAUUUCAAAAGAAGCACAAAUGAUCUCAUCAAAGGAUCAAAGAAAGACUAUUUACCAUGAUCACGUUCAAAAAGCAUUAAAGAAUCUUGGAUUUCCACGUGAAUAUGUUGAUGCAGCAAAUUCUGUUUUGGGUGAAUGCAAAAUUGCCGCAGAAAAACGUUUAAAACGAAAAAAUUCUCGUUUGGAUAAAUGUGGUAUUCCUGAGGAACAACUUUUAGAAAUCCAGCAAAGACUUAUUGAACAGGCUCGCCGUGAGGAAGCAGAAAAGCAGCAUGCAGCAUUUUCUCAAUUUGGAGGUUUCGACCAUUUUGCUUCAUUUCAAAAUCAAAUGGCUAUGCCAACAUUUAAUCAUACCCAACAACCACAACAACAAUUACAAACUUCUCCAACUUUUUUAACUCCAUUAUUACCUUCUCAACAACAGCAAACACAGCAACAACAAACAUUUGCUAUGCCACAAAUACCACAAACUACAGCAUCAACAACGACAAUUCAAGUAGAACAGCAGCAACAACAAACAUUUAUUCCUUCAUCAAUGCCUAUGCCUUUUGGUUUAACACCUCAACAAUUAAUUGUUCCUGAAUGUUCUAAUAUUCCAACAACAUCAGAACAAUCGCAACAACAACAACAAUUAAUACCUGAAUUAACAACUGAAAGAGCUGCACAAAUAUUGUUUGGGGGGAAAAAGAAUGAAAAUGAAGAGGAUGAUGAGGAAGAAAAUUAUGAUAUUUAA